AUGCAUGCAGGUAUUUUGCCGCGUGUCGCGCCCAAUACUUUCAGUUGGGUGUUGGUGCUCUGCGCAUCCCUCACCCUUGAACUUACUUUGUCUCACACUACCCCACGCGUGAUCAUCCUUCCUCCCCAACUCUCUUCGUUUUGCAUCGUAUUUCUCUCGCCCCCCUUGAUACAGACACCUUUGUUUUUCCUCUUAAACAAUCUCCGGUGCCUGAAGCGGAAAUCCCCGAAGUCAACUUGGACGAACCUCCCGCAGACGGACGAUCUAGUUGAAAAAGACAGCUCAGAAAAUCAUCUAGCUGUUUCGGUUGGCGAAGCGACCGAAGCAGAACCGCUAGAGUGCGAAGCAGCAAAGGACUCUGGAGACCCACCACCAGACAAUUCCAAUUCAGAAAAACUGUUUGAAACAGAGAUUGUUGAUGAGAAAUAUCUGCAACAAGAAGAUUGCGAGAAAAUCAACACCGAAGCUAAGGAUCAACCCGAGAAUCUUCAGGUCCCUGUAGGGACUGAGGAAAGUACCUCAACUAAUCCUGAAGUCGAGUCUGUUGAACCCGCUGAGCCCAUAGUUGAUCAAACCGGUGACGUUGACACCCAAGGUGACGUCCGAGAUAGUAUAACCCCAGAGCCGGAAAAUCUUGCUCCAGAGCAACCAGAUACGCCUGUGGAAGAAAUCCAGGAAUCCGGCUCUGACAAGGCUAUUCAAGAGCCCCAAAUACCGACGGUCACAGAAUUGACUGAAGGAGCUAAGGCUGAAGCUGCUCUAGACAAUACGCAAGCGGAAGAAUCUAGCAUUCUUCCAGAGCAAGAGGUAGUCCGUGAGAGUACGGAAAAUACCAAAUCAGACGAGACAGCCAGCGAGCUAAUCUCUGACCUGACCACAGAGUCUACUAUCAUUGAGGAUCAACCCUCGAGCCAAGCAGACAUCAGUGGUAAUUCCGAGACAAUAAGUGAAUCCACUAAAUCUGCGCCCGCGGAACCCAAGCUCGAGGAGCAGGUGACCCCGCCUUCUUUUGAAACACAGGUCACAGAAAACAUAGAGGCAAACGAUGCACAGGAUCCCGGACUAGAUCCCUCGGAAAUUCCAGAGACAUCUCAACCUGAAGCUAGCAAAAUGCCAAAGGCUGAACAAGAGGCUGUCGCGGAUGAUGGGCCUCAAACUGAGGGAAAUCCAAAUGAUAAUCUAGAGCUCAAAGCCUUGGAGGAACCAAUUGAACCCAGCGGCGAAGGUCAGCUCCCAGAUGCUCAGGACGCAGCACCUGAGAUUCUGGGGGUCUCGGCAAACCCAGAUAUUGAGUCAAUGGUGGAGAGUAAGCCAGUAGAAAUAGACGCAGAAGCAGCAGAACCCCGUGAAACCGAGCAGGGUGAAGGGAACGAAGAACCACAAACAGAACAGGGCGGCGGUUCAGAAAAUAUCUCUGCUCUAGAGCCGACUAUGGUUGAGUCGAGCCCAGAGCCAGCGCUAGAGCAAGGUCGAGAGAGAGAAGAAAAUGUUGGCCAGGUUAAGGAGACGACGCUUGAAAAUCAAAGUACCGACCCCUUGCUGCAGGCUGAGAAAGCGGAAACAUCUCCCCGACUCGAAAACGAGAAACUGGACAAGUCAACAGAGCCAGAGGACCUUCCAACCGUUGACCUUUGUGAGUGCGGGAACCAGGAAAAUGAACCCAACAUUGGUGAAGGGGAUACCCGGGAUAGUCCUAGAAUGGUAGAACCUCUCACGGAACAGUCGAAUGAGGAGUCACCAGGCGUAGUGACUCAGGUGGCGGGACAAGAGUCUGUUGAUGAGCCAUUAGCACCAGAGCCUCAAAAGGAGCAAGAAGUGACCGAAACUUCAGCCCUAAAAACUCCCGCAGAACUGGAGCAAACGGAACCCGAGGCAAAAAUUGAGCCGGAGGCUGUCGAAGCCCCAACCGAAGAAUCACCCGUGGAGAUGGCGAUUGAGCCUCAAGCUCCCCAAAUUGCUGAAGAACCAAAACAAGAGGAAGGGAAUCUACCCGCUGUUGAGGACAUUGAAGUACCAGUUGUGGAAGAGGUCGUCAGAGAUACGAAACAAGAAGAUGCCCACGAAGAGCCAGAAAAGCAAGAGGAGAUUCAGGAAGAGUCAAAGCAAGAUGAAGCUCGAGAAGAGCCAAAACAAGAGAGUGUCCCAGAGGAGCCACAGCAAGCAGAAGCCCAGGAAGAACUCAACCAAGAGAACGUCCCGGAUGAACCAAAGCAAGCAGAAGCCCAGGAAGAACUCAUCCAAGAGGACGUCCCGGAGGAGCCAAAUCAAGAGGAUGUCCGCAAAGAGCCGAGGCAAGAGGAAAUUCAAGCCGAGCAAGAAGUAACUGCCGUCCCGGAGGCAGCACAGGAGGUUCUCCCUGUAAAACCUGAGCAAGAAGAGGCUUCCGCACCAAAGGAAAUCGAGAGUGCGACACAAGAAGGCCCUCAGGAUGACCCUCCUCCCCCAUCAACCCCCCUGAACGAAAGUGCCGUCGUGGACGAGCCUGCUCCUGAAGAAUCACCAGCUUCACCGUCUAAGGAGAAGCGACGAAGGCGUCAUUCGCACUCGCAGCAUGACAGCAAGCACCGGUCGCAUCGGCGGCGCGAAAGUAAUAGCAGCAAUCAAGAGAGGCCCGCUCUCAACACAUUUGCCAUGAUGGCGGCUGCAAAGUUUGGCGGUUCUGCACGCAAGAGACGAGAUAGCAUGACCAGCAAGGACGAUACUGGUCGCGGAAAAGGCAAAGCUAGGGAACACGUGAAAGAUGAUGAGCGCGAGAAGAGCAGCAGCAAAGAGCGAGAGCAUCGCGAAAGAUCUCACCGCCACCGUGAGAGGGGUGAUGAUAAGGAGAACAAACGGCGUGUACUCGAAGCCAAAGAAGCAGAGAUUGAGCGACGCAAACGCCAUGAGACUCGACGGGCAGAGAAGGAGAGGCCAGCUCGCGAGGAAGAGGAAGCAGCGGAGGAAGAACGCCGACAGAGACGGGAGGAACAUCGCGCAGCCAAGAAGGCGGAAGCAGAGCGUCUUCAGCAACUGGAGAACGAGAGGAUUGCUAAAGAUGAAGAACGACGCAUUCGGCACGAAGAGCGACGUAAACGGCAUGAAGCCGAGAAGGAGGCUAGACGGGCAGAGCGCGAGGCAGAGCGUGAGAAGGCCGAACAAACCGAACGAGAUGAGGAAGAGGCACGCCGCCUCCGUCGCCAGCGCCGCGCUGAACGUGAGAAGGAAAAGCUAGUCGCCUCGAAAGCCAAAAAAACAGAGGUUGAACAGCCACAGCAAGAACCACGUGACGCUGCUCGAAGGGCUGCUGAAGAGGAUGACGAAGUCGCUCCACCAUCACCAGUUUCUCCUCGCGGUCUCACGCGACGAAAUACGGUUCGCGAACGCCUUCAAGAACCACCGUCAUCUCAGCAGCGUACACGAAGAAACAGUCUGCUUAGUGGUCUUUCCCUCUUUGGUCGCUCCAAGACAGAACCCGUGGUUCCGACCUCGAAGUCGAUUAAACCUGUUGCCCGGGUGAAAACCGAUCCAGUUGAAAAAGAGAGAUCCUCAAGCAGCCGCCAAUCAUCUGGUGAUAGUCGUGAACGAGCCGAGCGUCCACAUCGACCUCGCCGGCCCUCGCAUUCCCAUCAUCACCGCACAUUCAGAUCUGCGGAGGAAGAAGUCGACUAUCGCCGCAAGAAGGAGGAGCGAAGGGCUUCUCGGACUGUCAAAGAGCGAGACCUGGAGAUGUCUGGUGGAAGAGAUGGUGGGAUUUCUCUCGCCAAUCCCGAGCCUGUGCUAGAGCCGAUGCCAGAGGUAGAACCAGAACAACCUCGCUCUCCUCUCAUCAAUGAAGCAGCGGCUGUUGUUGGAGUCGGAUCAACAUCAUCGGCAGAACGUCGUGAACGCCGCCGCCAGAGCAAACGGGUGUCAAUCGCUGAGCAUGGCCAACCACGAAGUCGACGCAUCUCCGUGGUGGAGAAAGAAAGACCAGUUAGCCGCCGAGUACAGACAAACCGACCUGUCAGCCGAGAAGCCGAGACAGAUCGACCACGCACAAAGCAUGGUGAGGACCGUCCAAAGGGACCGAGAAGAAGCGAUACUAACCGCAGUGGCCACCAUGGGGAUAGCAGGAAGAAGAAGGAUGAAGGAGGCUUAUUCGUACCUAUAAGAUAUGUGAGUGGGUAUAUACGGUGUGCGCUUCAUUGCUGGGAGGUGUUUGGUUGGGGUGGUAUUCUGUAUAAGUACGAUUUCAGGGAUAUGGCAUCAUUCAUUGCAGCUUCGGCUGCACGAUUUCUUUAUUCAGCUUCACUGACAUUAGCAUUCCAGGAUGUAUAUAUUGUCCUCUUCUUCUGUGAGUAUUAUUAUCACGAUUUAAUGAAUUCUUUUCAGCUUUUCUCGCUUCCUCAUCCACCUGGCCUCGCCCUUUGUGUCAUCCUCUGCUGUGGAAACCCCGCCCCCCUUGAUGAGAAAAAAUCAAAAACCCCCUCAACACUUCGUCUCGCGACUCGGAAUACCUCGAACUACCUCGAGCAAAAAGGUGGAAUGGAGAAAUCGCAAUCGAAUUCCAACUUUGUCGUGGCAGUUGUUGACCAGACGGCUUUGGUUAUAUGGCUAAACGUCUGGCUUGUGCGCGACUUUCCUGUAGAACGAUUUUGGAGAUUAUUUGGAUUUUAUAGGCAGCGAAAGGAUUUUGGGAGAGAACAUAUGGGGAAAUGGGUAGGUAAGAGGCAGGAAGGGCAAGAAGUGCAAAAAAGGCUCCCAAAGAGACUCGGCUUUAGUUUGACACCACUAGAAAUUAGGUUCAGGAUGGCAGGCCGGGCAUACGAGAACAAACCAGCUGGUCCUGAGCAUGGGCAGAGUGGAGGUAGAGUGUUGUUUUGGUACGGAGCGUCUGGAGCAGCCACAUUAUGUGGAGAAGCACAGGCACCUGUACAGAAUGGCUUGGCCUGGUUACAAUUCACACAUGCAAUAACUCUUCAUUUGAUUCCCGUUCCGCUCCUUAGCAACCACCUGGCAUUCAUUGCAACUAACUUAGUGUUUGGUAUAGCAAACAGCUUAGCUUCGUUUGAAGAAGUACUCCUAAAAGCUCAAAGGUUAACAAUAAUGCUAUUCGAGAUGCAGAAUGGGACCAAAAUUGAGAUGUUCAAUAACCGCAAUGCCGAAAAUACCAGUAACUACUUCGUGCAACGUAGGCUUUGGUGGUCCGACGAUAUUAGUGGAGGUAACGGCGGACUAAGUUUGCUCCACCUUGGUAAACCAACAAGGUCUUCCGUAUGCGAGGACUUGAUCAGAAUUGACAUCGUAACCUGUUGCACGAAGAAAACCCUAGGUAGGCACGCGCUGGCAAAAUUCAAACCAAGCACUCUCACCAGAUCCUACGGUAUCCUCAUGCCAGCUGAAUUAACUGCCCACCUCGAAAUGAGUUCAUCGAAUAUUAUCCUCUUUGAGAUGAAAAAGUACAGGAACCGCGUAGAGGAAGUAACGUCUUCUCUCGAGAACCACCUUCAACCCCUCGGCGAACCCACUUGCUCGGCGGGCUCGGGUCAGAUCAGCAUUCACAACCCAAUCAUCCAAAAACAACAAUCAUCAAGAACUCCUUUCACCUAUCCAAACUAA